AUGGCUUCAUCAUCUUCUUCUUUGUCUUCCAACACUCUUCAAGCCAAAUAUGAUGUUUUCCUUAGUUUUAGAGGUGAGGAUACCCGUGAUAACUUUACUAGCCUUCUCUACGCCGUUUUGUGCCGAAAACAAAUUCAAACUUUUAUUGAUUAUGACGGACUUAAGAGAGGAGAUGAAAUUUCUCCUAUACUUUUAAAAGCAAUUGAAGAAUCAAGGAUUUCAGUAAUCAUUUUCUCAAAAAACUAUGCUUCUUCUAAAUGGUGUUUGGAUAAACUUGUAAAGAUUCUUGAAUGUAAGGAAAAAUACGGCCAAAUGGUUAUGCCUAUCUUCUAUCAUGUAACUCCAUCUGAUGUACGGAAGCAGAGCGGAACUUUUAAGGAUGCUUUUGUUAAGCAAGAAAAAAAAUUCAAAAAGAUACCAAAAAAGGUGCGUAGAUGGAGAACUGCUUUGACUAUGGCAUCAAAUCUAUCUAGAUGGGACUCAAUGGUAAUUAGGCCUGAGUCCAAACUUGUAGGAGAUAUUGUUAAAGAAAUUUUGAAGAAAUUGAAUGACUUAUCACCAUCUCGUGAUUGUGAAGGUUUAAUUGGAAUGGAUGCCCAUAUCGAUCAUAUUGAAUCAAUAUUAUGCUUGGGUUUGUCUGAUUUUCGAAUGGUAAGAAUUUGGGGUAUGGGUGGUAUAGGUAAGACAACACUUGCUGAAGCUUUGUUUAAUCGAAUUUAUGAUCAGUUUGAACAUUCUUGCUUCAUUCCAAAUGUCAGGGAAGAAUCAGAAAGAUAUGGACAAGUUUAUUUACGCAAUCAAGUUCUUUCACAAAUGUUAGAAGAAGAAAAUCUCACAAUAGGUACUCCAAACGUACCUCGAUAUAUUAAGAAGAGACUUGAAAAUGAAACGGUUUUUAUUGUCCUCGAUGAUGUCCAUGAUUUAGAACAAUUGGAAUUUUUUAUAGCAGGAAUUGAUGGAUUUGGUCCAGGAAGCAGAGUGAUUGUCACCACUAGAGAUAAGCGUGUACUUAGUAGUUAUGGAGUGGAUAACAUAUAUGAGCUAAAUGGAUUCAAGUACCAUGAAGCUCUUCAAAUCUUCUCUAAUUUUGCCUUUAAACAAAGAUGUUCCCCUAAAGAAUUUUUGGAGCUCUCAGACCAGUUUGUUGAUUAG